ACGGCUGGUGCGGCACGGAGUCGGGCGUGUCUCGAAGCCCUCGCUGCAGUACUGUGGCUGGCAUGGCUUGCGCGGACUUGACGCUGAAUGCGACAUUGUCGGAGCCAAGUGCGGUCGAAACGUGUCGGGGUGCCACGAAACGAAGACGAAAAUUAGUGCGCGGCAGCCGUGGAAAGCCUAACGAACAAACAUCAGCGAUGGCGCCGUUGCGGACCCGUUUAAUCGAGAGGUCUCUGCGUAAAGCAAGCGCUGAUAUCGACUAGAGAACAUGCGAAAGGCUCUGCGCUGCCUGUGUUCGAGUAAGUCGGCUGCGUGCCAUCCGCCUCGGCUGCUGUCGUGCAAAUGGAGAAGAGGAUUGAAUUGGAGAAGCGGGGCAAAAACCCCGAGCAGAUACACGAGCUCAACCUCGACAACUGCAGAAGUACCGCCAUCGUCGGCCUCACAGAGGAGUUCGUCAACCUCGAGACGCUCAGCCUCAUCAAUGUCGGCCUCACGAGUCUCAAGGGCUUCCCCAAGCUACCCAACCUUAAAAAGUUGGAGCUGAGCGACAACAGGAUCUCGGGCGGCCUCAACCUUCUGCACGGGAGCCCCAAGCUGACGCAUUUAAAUUUGAGCGGGAACAAGAUCAAAGGGCUGGAGACCUUGGACCCCUUGAAAGAGUUCAAAAACCUAAAGAACCUCGAUCUUUUCAACUGCGAAGUUACCAGCAUCGAGAACUACAGGGACCGGGUGUUCGAGCUCAUCCCAAGCCUUAAGUACCUGGACGGCUACGACAGAGACGAGAAGGAGGCCGAGGAUUCCGAGGUGGACGAUGAGGAUGGUAACGAAGAGGACGACGAAGAGAAUGAAGUGGAUGGAGAGGGCGAGAGUGAUGAGGAUGACGACGAUGAAGUGAACGUGGAUGACGAAGAUGAUGAGGAAGGCGAGGAAGAUGACGAUGUUGAUGAGGAAGAUGGAGAAGAUGGGGAGGAAGAGGUCGGUCUCGAUUACCUAGAAAAAGACGACAUUGAUGAGGAAAGUGAAGGAGACUUCUACAACCCAUAUGAUGUGGAUGACGACGAAGACGGCGACGAGAACGAGUCUCCGAAGGGCCAGAAGCGGAAGAGGGAAGAGGAAGAAGACGGGGAGGACUGAGGGAGGGCGGGAGAAGCACUCAACACCAAUUGGAACAUCCCGGCAUCUUUACUUUAGUUUUUUUUUUUAAACGUCUUCGUCAUUGUCACCUGUAGACUUUGUACAGCGGCGGACAGAGAAACAAACUGCAGCAUCACAAUCGCAUCAUCCUCGGUACCUGUCCCUAGCUUUAUUUUCCCCCAUUCAUUUCAGUCUUGAACAAGUUUUUUUUUUUGAAGCUUUUGCUUGCUUUGGGUGCCUCUGGUGGUUACCCAUUAGUUUGCAUUAUUAUAUAAGCUUUGUAUAGGUUGUUACUGGUGAACCAGGUUUUGUCUUGCAACGAUUGUAAAAAAAAAAAAAUGGUCACCCUUGCAGCCAUGCACAUUCCAAGAGCUGUGUGCUGUGGGGGGGCGCUGCUGUCUAUGUACAUCUGCUUGCCUACGACAGGCGUCAAAUGAACUUUUGAUCACGCAAGGCAACACCAAAGUUGGCCCAGAAAAGGGGGUGGCCUCUAGGGACGGUGCCGUCAGGCGCAUCCUCAUCAUCAUCACUCUACACAAUUUUUUUUCUUGAUCCGUAUUUUUGGCCCUCCCUUUUCUCAAUUUGCUUUCAAACAUUGAAUGAAAUGCCUUUUAUUGUCGCAUGCUGGCUGCAGGGGAAGUGCCUGUACAGGUGCAUUAUCUUUUGCAUGUAAGUUUUGCAGUUGUGCGGGGAUUUUUCUUGCUGCCGUCAGUCUUCCUCAGCGCAGAGACGCAGUGGAAGUGUAAAUUAUCAGCAAGGGCUUUGUCCAGUGUUUGGUUCAAUUGUUAAAUAAAGUUUUUACUGAAAUGGCAA